AUGCGGCUGUGCCAGGGCCGCGCGCUGGGCAUCGGGGUGGCGGUGGCCCACGGGCUCUUCUCGGGCUCGCUGAACAUCCUGCUCAAGUUCCUCCUCAGCCGCUACCACUUCGCCUUCCUCACGCUGCUGCAGUGCCUGAGCAGCGCGCUGGCCGCCCUCAGCCUGGCGCUGCUGCGGCGCCUGGGGCUGGUGGCCCUGCCCGCCUUCGGGCUCAGCCUGGCGCGCCCCUUCGCGGCCGUGGCCGCGCUCUCCACGCUGCAGUCCAGCCUCACCCUGUGGGCGCUGCGCGGGCUCAGCCUGCCCAUGUACGUGGUCUUCAAGCGCUGCCUGCCCCUGGCCACCCUGCUGCUGGGCGUCCUGGUGCUCAAGAACGGCGGCCCCUCGGCCGGGGUGCUGGGCGCCGUGCUCAUCACCACCUGCGGGGCAGCGCUGGCAGGAGCUGGUGACCUGACUGGUGAGCCCGUAGGGUAUGUGACAGGAGCACUGGCUGUGUUGGUACAUGCUGCAUAUUUAGUGCUCAUUCAAAAGACAAGUGCAGAUAGUGACUAUGGACCCCUGACAGCCCAAUAUGCCAUUGCUGUUUCGGCUACUCCUUUUCUCAUUAUCUGCUCCUUUGCCAGCAUGGAUUCCAUCAAUGUCUGGUCUUUCCCAGGCUGGAAGGACCCUGUCAUGACAUGCACCUUUAUUGCUUGCGUCUUCUUUGGCUGUGCCAUGAACUUUACCACCCUUCACUGCACCUACAUUAACUCAGCUGUGACCACGAGCUUCGUUGGGGUGGUGAAGAGCAUAGCAACCAUCACAGUGGGGAUGGUGGCAUUCAAUGAUGUGGCACCCACAAAGCUAUUUAUAGCAGGUGUAGUGGUCAACACCUUGGGCUCUGUCAUUUACUGUGUGGUCAAGUACAUUGAGACCAGACGGCAGAGCAACUAUGAAGACCUAGAGAAAGAAGCUAGAGAGGAAGAGGAGAAGGGACAUGCUGGAGGCCAACCACCAUUUGUAAUGGAGGAGAUGACCAAGGAGAAAGGGACCGAAGAGACAGCUGUAAAGGAGUCAGCAACUGGGAACAGUCAGUGUGUAGAGGAACAGAAGGACAGCACUGUGGAGACAGCAGAGGUGCCCGUUGUCCACAAAGAAGCUAGGGCUGAAGAAGUUAACAAGAGCUCAUUAAAAGAAGCCUACCUUGGAGUAUGGAGGUUGGUUAGGGGGACUAAUUAUAUAAAGAAAGAUUAUUUAAUAGAAAACGAGGAAUUACCAAAUCCCUGAAAAGCAGAAUUUUUAAAAUAUAUUACUGGUUGAGGACACAUCUACUUGGUUCCUUGUGUAAGGAGGGAGACGGGAAGUACAUUUUAAGCAUCUUUAUGUGGUUAUACUUUAUACUGUUGUUACAGUGUAACAGCAUCCAUGCUAAGAGCUGUACCACACUAAUUAUACUAGUAUAAAAUCAGAACCCUAACCAAAACAGUUAAUUUGGUACACAAUCUAUGUGUAGAGCAGGCCUUAAAGUUGGUUUACACUAAAUGUAAUUCCACUGUCUUCAGUGGAGUUACUCCUGAUUUACAACAGUAUGAGAUCAGAUCUGAACUGCUGAGAAGCUCUGAUCAACAAAAUAAGGAUAUCAUCCUACAAAUGUUUACUACUUUGCAAUCACCCCUCAUUGAAGUUUGGUUUUGGAUUAGACCCAUGGAGCAUCCUUCAGUGACGUCAUUGGAACUACUUAAGACCAGUAGUAAAUAUUUUUAGAAUCAGUUUCUAGAGCAGUCCAUUUGUUUUAGAUUAUGUCCAUAUAUAUAUGUGUGUGUGUGUGUUUAUAAAUACAGAUCAGUAUGCAAUAACAUUUUUAAUGUAGCAUCCGGAAACAUAACAUUUAAAAUAUAUUUUUGGAAAAGAUGGUGUUCGGGGCUAAAGAUGUGUAUGACAGAGCCUAAAAUUGCUGAGCUGUUGAAGAAGUGGCACACAGAGCUGUAUGCUGCACUUAGUGUACAACUGCACUGAAGUAAUGAGAGUCAUUUACUGUGAUCUGAAAUAUUAUGUUUACCUUCUGUUCAACCUUCUUAAUGUAUUUUUAAAUAAACGCUCUAUUUAUUGGUUAUAAAGUAAACUAAAUUUAAAAAAUGCAUUCUAGAAUAAUGUAAUCCGCUUUUCUUACUGGUCGCUGGUCUAAUAUUAAAAUCAUGAGAAUAGUCCAUUUCUUUGUAAUCCAUGCAGGCCACUGAACACCACAUUUAUUGCCAAUUUGUUCUCACUGUGUUCAGUAUUUUGUGUCUGCCAGUGAGGUCAAAUACUGACUGCAUCACAGCCAAGAUUUCCUGGCAUAUAACGCUGUUACCUGUUUGGCACAUUUGAAAACAUGCUGUAGAAAGCUAUCCAGUCAUAUAAUACCACCUUUUCUACAUGCCUGGUGGAAAUAUAAUGGUUUGCUGCUUAUUGUUAAAGUACGAUAGUAGAAACAUAUGGGAAUUCUAACUGUAUUUAACUGUUAAAAGCUGCUGUUACAAUUUUGUACAUUUGCCUGUACGGUAAAAUGUGGUUAUACUGUAGCUUGUACAUAACUAAUCUUGAGAGUUUAAGAAUUUCCUGUAUUAAAAAUGGGGAUUUGGUAAAUAAAACUGAGUUUUCCAAUGAAGGAGACUGUUGCAAAAUAAAAUAAAAAUAUUGCCUCAUGCUGAGGCAUGUUAAAUUGCAUUAACGGAAGACUUCAAUUAAUCUGGAGAAUG